ACCUUGCUACACGGUCCAAGCACCGACCAUGCUGUCAUUGUCUAUAUACCACUCGCGUCUCGCCCCAUUCUGCCUUGUUGGUUCAUCAUCCUCCCUUCGUCUCAUUCCCUUUGAGAGAGCAAUCGGUUGAUCAACAUGUUGCGCUCACUCAUUACUCUGGCUGGCGUUGCCGCUGCCAUUCCGGCUCCCCAAGUCAGCCAAUUGCCUGAUGGACAAGUGCAAGCUCCAGCAUACGGAGCGGCAAGCAGUGCGACUGCUAUUGCACAGACAACAGCAGCAGCAGUAUCCACGGCACCCACUCCUGCUGCAUACAGUGGCAGUACCCGUGGCAGUGACAGUGGCAGUGGCAGUGGCGAUGGCAAUGGCAAUGCCGCCGAUCAAUCGGGCAAUGUUGACGGCUACAUCAAUGCCGAUGCCCCAUACGCGAGCGAGCAGCCCACUCCGCUCACCGUCGUCCCCAGCGUGUUUGGACCAGACUCGCAGAUUCCUGCUGUGGCCACCUCUGUCACCGGUCCACUGAACGGUGCUCCUCAGAGAUCCCGCUAUGUGACUGGUACAACCACUCACGGACCAUUCGAGGGUACCGCCACUGUCACCGGCGCUGUUUCCAACAGUGUCCUCGCAUCGAGCGUCGGCACUUUGCCACCGAACCCAACAGCCACCUACUACAACACGAAUGGCUUGCUGCAGAACCCUCAGCCAGCACCCUACACUCCCGCAGGUGGUCUCGGCACCAAUGGCUCUCUUCCACGCUACAUGGUGGAGAGCGACUUCGAUUACGAGUCCAUCACUCUGGGCCUCUACCAGGAGUGGAUCGAGCUGGAUACCUUCAACAACGCCGUGGCAACCUUCUCCGAGGAGGACUUCGCUGCUGCUGGUCUCGGACCAGAGGACAUCUCCUUGAUCCAGUUCAUGGCACAGCAAGAGCAAGGACACGCCACACUCUUGAGCAACAUGCUGGGUGAGACCGCUCCCCCACAAUGCACCUACAAUUACCCAUACACCAACGUGCGUGAGUUCGUCGACUUCAACCAGCAAUUGACCCGCUGGGGAGAGAGUGGUGUCUGGGGUUUCAUCAACCACCUCGACUCUCGUGAGGUCGGACAGCUGCUCGCUCAGUCCAUCGCCACCGAGGCUCGUCAGGAGAUGAUUUUCCGCCAGAUGAGUGGUCUGCACCCCAUGCCGGUCUGGUUCGAGACUGGUAUCCCACAAUCUUGGGCCUGGACCUUCCUCGCACAGUACAUCUCCAGCUGUCCCGAGGGAACCACCCGUCUCGCAUGGCAAAACUUCCCCAACCUGCACGUCGUCAACCAGGCCAACAUCAACCGCUUCUCACCCAACGACACCGCCGACUACGAGCGCGUGGACAACCGCACCUCCAGCCCUGCGACCAUUCCCGCACAAAAGGACUCCUGCAUUAACGUCAACGCCACCGAACACCCAGGCUACGGCUGCGGUCCUGCUAUCACCCACAACCGUUCCGAGCCUCUCUCCUUCCCCGGCAAGCAAGUCCGCUUCCUAUGGGACGCUCCCGGUAUGGCUGUCGGUCCCAACAACAGCUACACCACCUCUACCAGCGCAGGUGAACCCAAGUUUGUCGCUUGGGCCGCUCAGCUCAACUUGACCUACACCCCUCUGACCAUUACCGGACCCAACGAGGGUUACACCUACCAGCCCGCCGGCACUGUCUAUGAGGGUGGACAAGGCAUCGUCAACGAUACCAUGUUUGUCGCGUUGACGGAUACGGAUAUGUUCCUUACUCCGUUCAACCUGUCGAUGAUUAACCCACAUGUGGUGGCUUUGGGUGUCUACCAGGCUGGAUAGAUGCGUUUGUAUAGAGUAAAAGAGGAUGAUGAUGAUGUAUAUAUGUAUGAAUGUGCACGACUAUGGUGUAUUUUGUACACAUGACAACAUGAGGUAGUGGGACGAAAAUUAUGAAAUUAGAGUUAAUAAUUAGAGAUUUUCA